AUAGCAGGAAGGUAAAAUGACUUCACGCUCGUGUACAGAAAUGAACAAGAAAGCAGCUGCGUUUUGACCUUCUUUCUCCAGCUUUUGAUCAUAUUAUGGUGUCUUUGAAUGCUUCCCUGGAGAGGAUGAAGAGCAUUCUUUUGCACAGUUGUGUCGUUUUUCUGUGGGCGAUGUUGCCACAGCGGGGCGACUUGCAACAGGUUGAUGUGCUCCCUGACACAGUGUCCAACUGCUGUGAGGGGGACCUUCUCCUGUUGCUGGACUCUUCAGGCAGUGUGGCCAACUACGAGUUCUCACGUCUCCUGAGCUUCUCCGCCGAGCUCCUGCGCCCCUUCUCGCUGGGUCGUGGCCAUGUAAGAGUCGGGCUUCUGCAGGUGGGAACCAAGCCAAACCUUGAGUUUGGCCUGGACGUGUACGGCAAACAAGAAAGUCUGCAGAAAGCGAUGCUGGGCGUCAAACAGCUGCAGGGGGACACCAACACCGAGGCGGCACUGCAGGUGGUCGAGCAAAUCCUGACAGAGUCACGUGUGCCCAAAAUUCUCCUCUGGCUGACUGACGGCGUGGAGUUGGGCGAGGUGGACGGGCCCAUCGGCCGGCUGAAGGCGCGGGGGGUUUUUGUGUUGAUCGUGUCUACGGUGCACGGAAACUUCCAGGUGCUGCAGCGUGCGGUUUCCCCUCCUGGGGAGUCCCACCUGUACUCGGUGGACAUUGACAACAUGGACAUCAUCACAGAAGACCUACGUGUAGCCAUCGUCAAAAUCCUGCGAGCAGAGCAUCUGCGGGUGGUCCAGGUCACAUCCCACGGCGCCGUGCUGCAGUGGCGUCCUGUUCCAAGCAGACACAAUGGUCACUACGAGCUGUGGUACCACGCCAAAGAGAAUACGCAUGCAGAGGCGAGACGCAUCCUCCCAGGCGACUCCGGCCGGGUGCAGAUUACAGACCUGCAGCCUGAGACCACAUACUCCGCCUUCCUGCGACCGGAGCCUAACCGCGGGCUUUUCAGCACACUCACUGUGAGCUUCACCACGCUUCCCGAUGUUUUAAGCCCAGCCGUGGUCUCGGUGUCAGACUCAGGACCCCAUCAGACCAGAGUCAGCUGGGCUCCCCUGCAGCCAGCUCGAGUCCAGAGGUACACGGUGGAGUACGGAGCCAUUCCAAGCGGAGCCGUGAAAAAGGUGAUGGUACGAAGCCAUCAGAACUCGACCACGCUCAUGGGCCUGCAGGCAGGGACUCAGUACUUGGUCACAGUCAGCGCUCUGUACAAGGACGGCAAACAAAGAGCCAUGUCCGUGAAAGCAUGCACUGAAGAACCAGCAGCAGCGCCCACUGCCGUCGUCGAUCUCCAGCUGACGUCAGUGGACAACGAGGAGGUCCAGGUGGAGUGGAAGGCCCAUCAACAGGAUGUGAAAGGCUACUGGCUUAACUGGGAGAGAGGGGACGCCAUCUUGUCCACGUACCUGCCGUCGUCCUCCCAAUCCACGCGACUCGCACGCCUGGCGCCCAGCAACCGAGUGUGCGUGUCUCCGGUGUACAGAUGGGGUCGAGGAGAGGGUGUAUGCUGCACGAGAGACAAGAAAAGAGGUUAACGGAACAUAAUGGUUCCCUUGUUUUAAUUUUAGCGUGUUUGGUUAUCAGAUUUUUCUGGUAGCCACAAGUCAGGAACAGACAAUGCUCUUUGUGCUUAAUCAGCAAUUUUCAUUUACAUGACAUGUUUGCACAAUUCAACAUUGAAUAGAAUAGGCUUUUAUUGUCGUUGCACAUUAAGAACAACAAAAUUGUCCGAAAAGGAGAGCUUAUUAGAAGAAGCGGAGGUUAUUAUUUCCAUGUCUCAACUAUUAUUGACAGUUAAUUUGCACUGUGUUUAAUUAACAUGUUGACACUCACAAUAAAUAAUGUGUUUACGUUUUGACACUAAAAAGUGUAAAAGUUUGUUCUCUUCCCGUGUUUAGGGCAGGGGUGUCUAACUAAUUUUAGAUCAGAGGCCACAUGGAGAAAAAUCUACUCCCAACUGGUAAAAUC